AUGGACGAUUGGCAAGAAGCAGCCUUUACAUCAAGACAUGUCCACAACAGAGCGAACAAGUCCAACAAAGGGGGCCGACGCGGAAAACGCGGUGGAGCCUUCGAAGUCAAGAGAGCUUUCGGUAGAUACGAUGUCAAGUGCCCGAGUGCGACCAAAGUGAGGGGGUCUACGUCCGAAAAAAACACGGGAAAGUCUGCUGGUCCGUCAAUGGAUGUCUUUCGCCUCUCCGAUGAUGGCAGGGGGUUGCUGGGACAGCUUAGCUUGCCUGGGGUGCUCGAAGCCAGCGUUAUUCUCACGGGAAGCAGAAAGGUUCUCGAAGAUCUGAUAUCGCAAUUUGAAGAGAGCGAAAAUGAGGCUGAAAUCUCUGACGACUCUGACGAGAAUGAGGGCCCUGCCCCGAAACACGAUACUAGCGAGGAUGAGAAGAAAGCAGACGACACCCACGAGGAGGAAGAAAUCGACGAAGAAUCAGAGGAAGAGGAAGAAAGCGACGACGAGGAGCACAAACGGUUCAGGAACUUUGAGAAGAACAGCUUUCGCUCUCCCAAAUUCUGGUUCCAAUGGAACGGAGACGUCACGUCCUCCCUAGAUGAUCAGACGUCACCGACCUCUAGUCGGGAGACUGGCAGAGGCUAUCUUGUCUUUUCGGGUAAUGACUGUCGCUCUUUCAAGGGUACCAUCAGCUGCGACUCCCUAGAUUGGAAGGACGUCUCGCUGUCUGGGUGGAAGGAAGUCUCCACGAGCGAGAGGGACGUUGCAUUUGUCUGGAAUUGA